CAGCCACCGGAACGGGGUCUUCCGCCGGGGUAGCCUGGUGGUCCAUGAUGAACGGCAGCCUCUACGAGGAAAGCCCCCCUCCAGCCCCCCAAAGUGCGGCUACGCCGAUCAGCAAUAGCGGUAUGACUAGUCCGACCACAGUACCGCCUCCAGCAGCAACCACUUCGGCGACGUCGAGUUCUUCACCUGCCAGUGUCACCAGCAAUAGUGGCUCAGCAGGCCCUCUUCACAUUCCCGCCAAGCGACUGACCUCUGGAGGUUAUGGGGACUGCGGAGACGGUGUCAUACGACAUGGUCAUGGCCAGCCUUGGUCAUACUCUCCUUCAGACAACCACCAAACGGCGUUCGAACCAACGGUAGGUCUCAACCAUCAUCAGUACAACGCUCCCACGUAUUACAACCUAGCAGCUGACGCUUCAGGUAACAGAGAUAGAAAACCACCUCUGUCUUUCUGGUCACCUGCAGCUACUGCCGCUACGGGUACUCCAGAAUACAAAUACAGUAGUGUAUCAGCGGGACCAAGCGCAGAUCCCGCUGUUUCCUCAUGUCAUCAGGGCUUCUCAAGCAGUUCUUGGUGCAAUUAUUCUCCGUACUCUUCUGCAUCCAGGCACCAUGUGGAUGCCCACCAAGCCGUCCCAUAUUUACCCACAGAUGAUCGAGGUCGUGCGGCAGCUGCUGCUGCCAUGGUCGCCGAAUCUGCUUCCUUCAACCAUGCCCAUGAUAGAGGCUAUGGUCUUGGAAACUAUGGACCUGAACAAGUUCCGUCUACACCUUAUCCUCCCCCAGUUAUGUGGGGAUCAUCCCCAUCUCUUUUUGCUUCAGGUUCGCUGGGCUCCAUGGUAGGGACAGUAUCUUGUGGAGCGGGUACUAACCCUCUCGAAUGGACCGGUCAGGUGACCGUCCGCAAAAAACGUAAACCGUACUCGAAAUACCAGACGCUGGAGUUGGAAAAAGAGUUCCUAUUCAAUGCCUAUGUUUCUAAACAGAAACGAUGGGAGUUGGCGCGGAACCUCAACUUGACCGAGCGCCAGGUGAAGAUUUGGUUCCAGAACAGAAGAAUGAAAAAUAAGAAGAACUCGCAAAGACAGCAAACGCAGCAGCAGAAUAACAACAACUCGGCUACCAACAACCAGAAUCAUCACGGGUCUCAUCACCAUCCCUCGCACCAGGUGCACACGCCGCAUCACAUUGUAAACCACCACGUUUCUGCUAAUGGGACGUUAAAACAUCAUCAGUGA